AUGCAGGAUAAGGACGGUGUGCCAAUCAGGAAGCAGUGGAAGGUUGCGACGACCUCCAAGGAGCUCAUUGACGAGCUGUCGGGUCGGAAGUGCAAGCACGUUGACUCGGUUGAACAGCGAUGGAAGAAGAAGCCGAAUACCUUGUACGUUAGACUAGCCGUGAAGAACAGGAUCGCUGUAGGCGGUGGGGUCAUUGAUCCCGACUACGACGGAGAGAUCAAGGUCAUUCUCUUUAAUCAUGGGGGUGAGGACUUUAUCGUAAAUCCUGGGGACCGCAUUGCGCAGAUAGUACUGGAGCGUGUUAUGCUCAUCGACGCGCCAGUGAACAAGAAGGAACAAGCUGGGAAUGCCAAGGCUAAGGCCGCUCUUCAGAAGGAGUGGGACAAGUUAACUUCGCAAGGAUGCUGGGACUUGUCAACUGUCCAAGAGUGGCAUGAUGUUGCGGCCAAGGCACGUAAGGAAGGGGAGAAGAUCCAUGUUGGUAGAAUUUUCGACAUUUGUGUCGAGAAGAAUCACGAGCUGCCGGAGGACGAUCCAAAUCGCAAGUAUAAAGGGCGAGUCGUGUUCGAGGGAUGUUUCGUCCGUGAUGAGAUCGGGCAUUGGGCCCUGUUCUCCGAGAACACCUCCUGCCCCGCUACUAUGGCGGCGGGUAAGAUGGGUGAUGCUCACGGGUUACUCCCAGGGAAUCUUCUGGAAGUGAGUGAUGGGGAGUCUGCGUACACUCAGGCCCGCUUGAAGGGAAAGAAGACUUGGGUGAGGAUUCCUCGCGACCAAUGGCCACCUGAGUGGUUCGACGGCAGCGGAAAUCCCAGAUACAAGGAUCCGGUCGUUGUCCUCGUGCUUGCACUAUAUGGACAUCCGGACGCUGGUACCUUUUGGGAACAGCACUGCGAGGCAAUGCUGAAGAAGGUCGGUUACGUCAAGGUGAAGGAUUGGGCCAGCGUGUUUAGGCAUGAGGAGCUCGACCUCUUCCUUGUCGUGUACGUGGAUGACUUCAAGAUGAGUGGGCCGGCGAAGAACAUCGCAGAAGGAUGGGCGCUGAUCUCGAAGGUCAUCAAGAUGGAGGAACCAAGGCAGCUCAAGAGAUAUCUUGGCUGCGAGCACGAAUUCACGCAACAGGUGGUCAAGGGUCACUUUGACCCGAGACUGGCGUGGACGGUCGGCAAUCCUCCUGAUAAGGAGCAACCCGACUUGAGGUUUGGUCCAGAGGGGUUACUCUCUAAGGACAUCCCCAAGCCGGAAACCACGAUAAGGUUCAUCAAGUACAGCGAGAGCAGCUUCAUGCAGGCGUGUGUCGAUAGGUACAUUGAACUGUGUCAGGGAAAGUACCCGAAGAAGCUGCAGAAGGUUGAAACUCCGUUCCUGGACGAGAGCAAGCCGGAGUUUGACGAGAAUUCCGUCAACCCUGAAUUUGACAAACUCUUCAACCAGGCAAUGGACAUGGAGACCGUCAAUGCGCAGCCAGGAUGCCUCGGAGAUGACGCGGCGGCGGUGCUGAUGAAGGUUCUCUACGGAGCUCGGAUGGGCAGAUAUGACCUGAUUCGUCCCGUGCAGGCGUUAGCCAGCCGGGUCACGAAGUGGAAUCAUCUAUGUGACGGCAAGCUCCACAGGUUACUCUCUGAGUACGAGGGAAUCGUGAUUGACGAGGAAAAAGCUGGCGGAAUGGGCCUGGGGCGCUGCAUGGCGACGCCUCCGCGGCCGUCCUGGGACCUGGAAAUGGGGCUGGGCAUGGAGAAGCCUAAGGAUCCGAAGUUCACCACGAUUGAUCCAGAUAUGGAGAAGGCUGAUCAGCUGAUUGAGGAUGACAGUGCCGCGAGGUUCGACGAACUGGUUGGCAGAGUAUCCCACAUCAGCAAGGACAAGCUUGACAAGUCCCACAUGCCGGUGACGGACCAUGAAAAGCUGAUCCGGUACCGGGCGGUCAGGACUGCUGCGAUAGUGGCGGAAAUGAAGCGCCGGGGAGUGGAGGUUACGGAGAUGAACGCCGUGCACUUGGCGGCUAUCCUCUGCGCUGCGGUUCCGACGGACCCUGCUUUCUUGCUUCCCUACCAUAUCGCGUUCGUGUUUGAGGAAAGCAUUGAAAGUGGCAAGAGUGCGCUACCUAUGGAUAGCAGUACGGAGCCGGCAGCUGAACCAUGCGGAGGAAUGUGGGUUGGAGACCCGAAAGCCUGGCCGGAGUGGAAGACGGUUCACCCGCAGACUGCCUUGGUAAAGGCGGUCGCUGAUCAGGCAGAGGCGGCAUUCGGAGAUCACCCUCUGUAUAGUGGAGAUGAUUUCGGUGAUGCGGAGCACCAUUUCAACGCAAUCCGUGCCUGGAUGAGCGAGAGGCCGAACGCACUGUUCACGCCUCCGGAGUUGGUCGUGGACGCGAUGAUGCUGACGGAAGGGAGAAACAGGGAGGAGAUCGUUAGAUGUUCCUCAGGACGGAGGCUUUCGUCGGUCCCGUCGGUCAAGGAGUUCGCGACGGCUGAUAAGCCAGGAAUGCGGGGGUACCUGCACGCGAUGGGACAGAUGUCAGGUGUGAUCACAUCCUUGCAUGAUGCCUUUGACUGGGACCAUAGACAGGUGUUGAGGAUCUCGCCUAAGAACCCGGCGAGUGCCACUGAUGUGGAAAUUGGUCCCGACGACGGAUGGGCAUUCUUCGAUUUGGCCAUCAAUUUCAAGGGCCAGACGGACACUGAAAAGGUCCUUAUCCAUGGAACUUCGCAAUCCUCAUUGUGGAGCAUUCUGGGUGGUAUGCAGGUUACUGCGUCCACCGCGAGCGAUGAAGCGGUAGGUGUGUGGACAUCUUUGAAGGCGGUUGAGGCCCUGGGAUACAGCACUCUGUCGCACUACGGUCAGAACACGUGGGCGAGGGUCGCGAUUUGCAUCGCGCAACCGGACGAGUCCGAGAAUCUGUUCAGCGACAAUCCCCACCUGAAGGGUGUCAAGCGAGGAGCCCAACGAGUGUUUCCGAACGCGAGGUUGGGGAUCUGUGGGAUCUGCAUCAAGCUUGAGAAGCCUGCGGCGGACUCACAAUAUGUGGAGCUGUGCAACUCAGGGGGCGAUAGCACCCUGCAGUACUACAACCCAUUCGUCGAAUGGAAUCCGCAUGCUCCAUCGGUCGUGUGGGCUAUGCACAAGUUCUUCCCAGAGAACUACAUGGGACCGAUAGGUCUAUCCGUUGAAGAGGAGAACAUGCGUGCUGCUCCAGGGACCCCUCAGGCUGCCGAGGCGGAAGGUGGGGCACUAUUCGCCAGGAUCGUGCCGAAGUCGAACUUGUUUGAGGCCAUCCGGGGUGAAACGUUUGUGCUCACCCUAACGAAGGGAUACCUUACCGAGAUCAAGGACGAGGCAAAGGUGAUGCGCCUGAUCAGGAGUGGGAAGGUCAUCCCGCCAACUCUGGAGCUGCCGAGGGGAGGAUACUCCCGUGUGGCGGUUGAUUCCGUACAAAUGGAAAGGCUGUGGGACGCAUGGGCAGUCGCCGUGUUAGCGGAUGUGAUGCUGUCCAUCUACCCAUCCAUCGUUCUGCACGAGAUGAGUCGCUACCAAGACAAGAUGGUAAUCUUGCUUCGAUGUUUAGCGGCUAGUGGGACAGGUGCUGCGGUGAGGAUUGCUGCGGCCUUGGCGGCCGGGUACGGUCCUCCGGUGUUCAAAGAGGAGUCCGCGGCCCCGGAUGCGACUGUGUUCUACCUGCUGGAUCAGACGUUCAACACUGCAUCCACGAAGAACAAGAAAGGGAUGGACCCAGCCACGUUGGCGGAGGACAUCCUCAAGUGCAGGGCAAAGAACGAUCGGUUGAGGGGUUCCCCAGAUCACCGGCCGUUCAAGAACUAUGAGGUGCAUUACGUAACCAGCACUCGUGAUAACGAGGAGACAUCCCUUCGGAUGAUGGUUGACAAGGCGUAUGAGCUGAUGGACAAGCGGGCUGACGACUGCAUCCAGAAGUACGGCAAUGCAGAUGCCGCCAAGCAUGACCUGUAUGUCUUUGGUUUCCGUGGCUCCUACCUGUAUAGGUGGGAGAGGAAUGCGUGGAGGGCCAGAAGUGAUGCGGCGACCGUGUGGAGUAAGGAUGUGGAGUCGCUGAUCGCGCUCAACAACAAGGUCAAGGUGAUGGUUUGCGGCCCGGGGCGAUCGUUAGAUCGAGAGGGCGAUCCAGGGGUUCACAUGACCAAGGAGAUCCAGUACAGGAUGGGCGAUCUCCGUGCGAACCUGAUCCCAGUGGUUUCAGCAGACGCUGUGUCAUGGGGGAGUGAAGUUGACAGCUACGGCAGGAAUCGGCCGGUCCAAAGAGCAUGGGCUGUGGUGCCGCCCUACCUCGCGGCUGUCCCGGACUUUUUCUCCCUGACUAGGACUACAUGGUCUGGUUCUGUUACGUUGCACAUCAGGGACAACAUCCUCAAGCUUCUGAAGGAGGGUACUUCUUCGAAGAUGGGCGAUGGCGGAUCGAUGUCUGAGUCUGAGGAUGUCGACAUGACAGGUCAGCAUGCGGGAGGCCAGACCGCUGCCCCGAAAGCACCUCCUAAGGAGGAGAACACGGGUGGCUCCGCCGAGGCCGAGGUGUUGGAGUCCACCGGAGACGUUGAGAUGGAGCCGGAGAAGGAAGCCGAGCUGCUGCUGCGCUAUGUGGACCGUCGGGGCGGGCGCGCGAUCUCCCUGCGGGUUUGCACCUGGAACCUGCAUGGGUGCCCCGUGGACCCCGAGGACGACCUGGGCCUGUGGCUCUUCCCGGAGAACCAGGCCGCCGACCUCUACGUCAUCGGCAUCCAGGAGCUGGUUGACCUGGGCCCCAUGUCCAUGCUGCUGAACACCGACGGCCACGAGGAGCGCCAAGCUGAGCUGGAGAAGCGCAUCGAGGCCGCUCUAAGCUCCACCGGGCGCCGGUACUUGAAGGUUUGCAGCUUCGGCAUGGUGGGCUUGUCGCUUCUGUCCUAUGCGGUGGAUCGUCUGGAGCACCAUAUCGGGGAGAUCGACUGUGACCGGGUGAAGACCGGGGUGGACGGGCUCGGAGGCAACAAGGGCGGGCUCUGCGUGCGCUUCCUGCUGGGCAGCAUGUCCAUGUGCUUCCUAAAUGUGCAUCUGCCCUCGGGCCAGAACAAGGCGGAGGACCGGGAUGCGCACCUCCGGGAGGUGCUGGCCUACGCGUUCCAGGGAGUGUCGCGGAAUGGGUCCACGCGGCCCGCCAAGAACGGCUUCCACCGGGCCUCCGUGUUCUGCGCCGCGGAGCAUGACCUCACGGUUGUGCUGGGGGACAUGAACUCCCGCCUCGCGGAUUUGCCUGACCCGGCGGGCAUGCCUCGAGGACCGCCCGAGGCGUGGCUGCUCUUUGAUGAACUCCUCACCGGCAAGCUGCGCUGUGUGCGCUCCAUGGGCUUCCGAGAGGCCGAGGUGACCUUUCCGCCAACUUACAAGUACGCGGCCAGCGGGGAUCUGUGCCCCAGCCGCACGCCUGCCUGGUGCGACCGGGUGAUCUAUCGCUUCGAACCCCCUGCCUCAGAGGUGGCACAGCGGGUGCUGCAGCAGGAGGUGACCCCGGAGGUGGAACUGCUGGGCUACGACGCCUACAUGGAGCUGAAGAGGACCAGCGACCAUCGCCCAGUGGCGGCGUCCUUCAGGGUGAGCAUGCCCAGCCAGAGCCUCGACUUCAGCUGAGCCCCGCAUAGCGGUGCCCGCAGCCGUGCCGGCAUGUCCCUGUGGGCCCAGCUGUGGGCCAGGGUGAGAAAAGUGCCAGGGCGGGACGCCA